UUCGUUUGUAUCUCGCCCUUUAAUUAUUUCACUUUCUAGUCACUUUCGUAAGUUGCAAAUCAUACUAUGGGUUUCACACUUGCACAAGGACUCAUGCUUGUGUUGCUAAUUGCUUCCACUAUGGCAGUUAGCACAGCCAACAAGGGUUGGCAAUUUGGGAAUUGGCCUUACCGUGGCCCUUAUCACCCCAAUAAUACACAAACUUCCAACGGUAUCAUUGUGGGUGAUUCCUAUCAUUGGAACUUUGGCUUUAACUACACCGAUUGGGCAAUCAAACAUGGCCCUUUCUACCUAAAUGACACUCUAGUUUUCAAAUAUGAUCCCCCAACUCCAAAAACAUUUCCUCACAGUGUUUACUUGCUACCAAACCUCCGGAGCUUCAUUAAAUGUGACCUGAAAAAUGCCAAGAAGCUGGGAAAUGUGACACAAGGAGCUGGGGAGGGCUUCAAGUUUGUGCUGAAAAGGCCAUGGCAACCUCACUACUUUGCUUGUGGUGAGCGCAAUGGCUUUCAUUGCAUGAAUGGAACCAUGAAGUUCUUUGUGAUGCCAAUAUUCCGUUGGUAUAGAUAAUUAUUAGAAAAUGUGCAUGCCAUGGGAAAUUUUACUUACUACUAUCUUUUUACGUUUGUUGUGUUUUAGCAAAUAAUGAGAGUUUUAU